UAAUUAUUACUUUUGUGGCUUAAAAAAAGACUUAAACUGCUUUUUAUCAUCUUUAAACUGUUUGCAAACAUCCCAGUCAAUCUAGAGUAAAGUUGAAGUUGAGCACAAGUAAAGCAGAUGUGUAAACUGAGUGUGGGUGGGUUUCACUUCACUGCCCUGGAAGUGGUAAAGGCAAUGUCAUGAUGUCAGUGUUGUGAUCUCCACACCGUUCUGUCUUUUUACACACAAACUGUGUUGAAACUAAAGUAUAAGUUUACACAAUCCAACUGCAUUUCAAAGACACUGCCUGGAAUCAUCAUUUAAAACAGAGUGACUUAUAUUCCAUGAUGGUGUUUUGCCAGUAGUGUCACAGCAUCACCACUGCUUUUCUCUGUGUGGGUUAAACCAGAUGUUUUCUGAUACCCGGAACGGUUAGUGUGUGGAACACCAGUCUCAAAGCUGGUAUCUCCAUGACCUCUGUGGUAUCAUUUUCACUUUCCCGUUACACCCAUAGUGUCUGCACAAACCGAGACAUUUUGCAUCUUUCACCUGUUUCAGUGUCAAAAAAAACAACAACCCAAAUAUCUGACGCAUCAGAAGAAUCUAAUGUCUGAACGCAGUUUCAGAAUGAGGCAUUUUCCUAACCAUCAUGUUAAAAAUAGUUCCACGGGGGUUCCAGCAGCACAGCUAAGAUGCAUCUGAAUGUGUUGUUAUUUCUGUUGUCACCUUGUAUUUGUUUUGGUGAUGGUAAUGUUAAUGUUUUUAUGGGAAUGUUGUCAACACCCAUUUUUCAAAAGGUUUUAGACUAAGAUAAUGGGUAGUUCUGGCAUAAUUAUGAUUGCCUUUUGCAUGAAGUUAUAUGGCAUGAACAACGGUGUAAAGAACUUUUUGUCAAAAAUUGUAUCAAAGUAUAAAUUUGAGGUAUCUGUACUUUUUACUCUAUCACCAUUAUUAGCAACUUUACAUAGCUAAUAGUUACUUUGUAGAUUCUUGUCAUCACUAUAAAAUAUAGGUCACUAAACAAAUAGUGAUGUAUCACUGAAGAUUUUGAAGAAAAAAAAAAAGAUUUCUUUUUGCCCAAAUCACCCAUCUCUAGGUAUUUUAACUCUUGUGUCGCUCAUAUUGCUACAUUGUCACCAAUCCCUUCAAGAGAAUCACAUGUACAGGAAAAUUAUAUAGGCUAAUAUUUAAUGUGAAAAAUCUGCCUCGACUCCUUUUAUUCUGUCCAUAAGAUGUAUGUGUUUGUGAUGCUGUUGAACACCCGUGCAGGAGCUGUAAAUAAAUCCCCCCAGCAACUAGAGGAGAAUGAGAUAAAAUGGAGGUUUUACCAUGCCAAAAACUCUCCUCACUCCCUUCUGAAGAAUAAAAAAAACAUUUAUAGAAACCGUAAAAAACCAACUAAAGUGAAAUGUCGUCAGCAUACCUGUGUGUCUGUGCUGAAUGACUGAGCUAAAUUUUGUUGCUGACAAAUGGGUCAGUCAGUAAGCAGCUCAGUGAUUCACAUGCAUGGCAUCAUCUUAAUGAAUACAUCUCAACAGCUAACCACCCCCCCACCCCCCUCGUUUUUUUUUCCCAUUCCCUCCCCCCUCUCCUGCCCUCUCCUCUCUCUUCUCUGGCCAGUGGAAAUGUGCGUGUGUGCAGAUCUUGAGUGCAGUCUGUAAUUUUUGGCUGUGGUGGAGGGCCUCAGCUCAGCCUCGGGCUUCAGGGUUUGCUGCUCAGCCUCAAUCACGUCACAUGAAAAACUGCUGAGUUGAUAUGUGAUAGCAGCAGCAUGCCGUAUGUGGACCGGCUGAACCGUGUAUGUGGCUUCCUGGACAUUGAGGAGAAGGAGAACAGCUGCCGAUUCCAGAGGCGAUACUUCAUCCUUGACACGCAGGAAAAUGCUUUGCUGUGGUAUAUGGACAACCCUCAGAACCUUCCUCGUGGAGCCAGCUUUGUUGGCAGCUUGAAAUUAACCUACAUCUCUAAGGUGAAUGAAGCUACAGCAAAGCAAAAACCCAAGACUGAGUUCUGCUUUGUCAUCAAUGCAGUAUCUCGGCGGUACUUCCUCCAAGCCAAUGAUGUGACUGACAUGAGAGACUGGGUUGCUGCUCUCAACAAGGCCAGCAAGAUCACCGUUCCCAAGUCUGGACCUGCACCUCCCAGGACUGAUGUGAGGGCAGUAAUCACUGACACUCAGGCAGGGAGGAGGCAGCAGGCCUAUAAGACAGAGAUCAUAGGUGGGGUGGUGGUGCACACUCCCAUUCAGAAUGAGGGCGAAGAUACAGAAGGGAGAGACAGGAAGGGCAACAGGCCGGGAGUACUGAGGUGUGGUUACUGUGUCAAACAGGGAAAUGUGAGGAAAAGCUGGAAGAGGCGGUUUUUCACCCUGGAUGAUAAUGCUGUUAGUUACUACAAGUCUGAGAUGGACAAGGAGCCUCUUCGAGCUGUUCCACUGAGGGAUAUUCAGAAGGUCCACGAAUGCCUCGUCAAGUCAGGGGACCUGUUGCUGAGAGACAACCUGUUUGAGAUCAUCACCAGCUCCCGAACCUUCUACAUUCAGACAGACUCUCCAGAGGAGAUGCAUGGCUGGAUUAGGGACAUCGAGAUGAAGAUCCAGGACUUCAGAGGUCCCUCUAAGUCCUUUAAGCGUGCGUCCUCCCUGUAUCGGAGUCAAGCGGCCGUAGCAUCCCGCACUCAACAGGGAGAUGAGCGCAGACCCCCUUUGAUGAAAUCCUGUUCUGUGGCCCCGGGCUGGCAGCCGUGGACGCCCGUGCCCCCAUGUGAAGCCUCUAUCCUGGAUGGAGACGAGGAUGAUAGUCCUUUCAGCCCCGUUCCCACCUUACCUUCCCUCUCCUCAUCCUCCACCUCUUCCUCCACUUCCUCAUCCUCCAAUUCGCUCUCGACACCGGCCCCUUGCCCUAACGCUCCUCCAGUAGCUUCCUCCAGCGGACUGGGGAUUGUCACAGCGUCAGGAGACGUGGCAAGCGAGCGGCGGAGGCACCGUUCUCAGCCUCAGCCCCACACCGGCUGCAGCUUCCCCUUCAGCCUGGACGACGAUAGCAUCCGCACAACAGACGUCUAGUUCAGUGAGGUCUGCAGGCUCCUGUGUGGACAUAAGUGUUGGUACCUGCUUUAAAAUGAAUGUGACUGUUUAUAUUAAGUAUUCCCUGCUAUUGAAGUAACACUGUGACCAUCUGCCCCAGUGCCAUGAGCUGUGAUUGGCCCCCCCAUCCCACUGGGGAGUUUGGGGUAACUGAUCUUGUAGCUGUGUUUAUAAAGGAUAAAUGGAGACAGAAGGGUGCAGUGUUAGUUGCUCACAAGACUGUGAAAACAUGGUGUGUAUUUUAGUACAACUUCCUCUAGAAACUUGAAUAAUCGUGUUUGUAAUUGUUCUUGCAGAUUUGGCACAUGCUUCAAACCUUUCCUCAUGCACUUGGCUUCCAUCAUCAACAUGUCUGUUAAGUAUUCAUAGACAAGUAUUUAAAGGCAUUUGGUCACUUAGGCAUACCCACAACUUUUAUAUUCAAGCUUAUGUUUACUAAAAGCUUUUAAUUGAUAUAAUCCGUUUGGUUUAUGUAGAACCCAGCACAGUUUUCCUUUUUAUUUUCACAUUAAGUGGAAGCCUGACAUAACAUUAUCCUCAUCAAUAUUUAACAAGCAUUUUAUUACUACAUUCUUAUCAGGUGUCCGGGGGAAAGUGUCCUGUAUGUCCCAUCUCAUAAAAGAGGUGCACAUUGCUUUUAUAGGCUACCAUAAUAAUACUGCUGUGUUUAGAUGGUACUUAAUGAAGAAUGUUCUGCCAACAUCGAAGUACAGCUGAUCGGCUAGUUCACACAUUUGUAAAUGUGAUUUUCCUGUUGCAGCGUUAUGUGGGAAAUGUGCCACUACUUCUGGUAAUUUAAAUGUAAUUUCGCACUUUGCUAUUCUUAUUUUUACUUGUUUUAAUUGUUAUAGUUGUUUGUUCUGUGUUUAACAGCAUUCACACACAUUGCAGCUUCCUCUGAGAUGCUUCAGAUACUUUGUGUUGUUACACAAGUAGUCACAGUUCCAUCCCCGCUCAGGUUUGCCUCAAAACUUCACUGAUGUGGUACCACGCUUCAUACUCAUUCCUGUUUAAUGAAGUGCGCACUUGACUGCCUGCUUAUAAUGUUCAUUGUCUUCCUUGUAUAUUAAAUAUUGCUUUUUAUUUUU